CCCACCUUAUUUGUUGUCAGCUAAUCACAUCCAUACACACUGAGAGGAAAAGCGGUGUAUAUUUUGAAAUAUCGUCGAUCAUCGGUUGACAGCGCUCUCGCUCGGAGGAUUCAUCCAGGGGUUUUGAAUGGAAGCGGCGGCUGAAGGGGCGACCAGCCUGUCUGAGGCCGGGGAUGGGAGUCCGAUAUCCGGGGCAGCAGCAUCCGAGGACGCGGGGACGGCGGAUGGCAUGGACUCGGACUCUACAUCAAAAAAGGCUUACAUAACAGAGAUGCCUUCAUCGUCAGGCCAGCCGGCUCAUGGGAAGAAGAUCGGACACAGAGGAGUGGACGCUUCUGGAGAAACCACAUAUAAGAAGACUACAUCUUCGGCUCUCAAGGGGGCCAUUCAGCUAGGGAUUGGCUACACAGUUGGCAACUUGAGUUCCAAGCCUGAGCGGGACGUCCUCAUGCAGGAUUUCUAUGUGGUGGAGAGCAUCUUCUUCCCCAGUGAAGGGAGCAACUUGACGCCAGCCCAUCAUUUCCCAGACUUCCGUUUCAAAACCUAUGCUCCCGUUGCCUUCCGUUACUUCAGAGAGCUCUUCGGGAUACGGCCGGAUGACUAUUUGUAUUCACUCUGUAACGAACCACUGAUCGAGUUGUCCAAUCCUGGAGCCAGUGGCUCAGUCUUUUACGUCACAAAGGAUGAUGAGUUCAUCAUUAAGACAGUCAUGCACAAAGAAGCAGAGUUUUUGCAGAAGCUUCUUCCUGGAUAUUACAUGAACUUGAAUCAAAAUCCUCGCACCUUAUUGCCCAAGUUCUUCGGGCUGUACUGUGUACAAUCGGGCGGGAAGAACAUUCGGAUGGUGGUCAUGAACAAUGUUCUGCCCAGGGUGGUGCGCAUGCACCUCAAAUACGACCUGAAGGGGUCCACGUACAAGCGACGGGCCUCUAAAAAAGAGCGGGAAAAGGCGAAGCCCACUUUCAAAGACCUUGAUUUCAUGCAGGACGUUCAAGAUGGUCUCAUGUUGGAUACAGACACGUACAGUGCCCUGGUCAAGACGUUACAGAGAGACUGUUUGGUCUUGGAAAGCUUUAAGAUUAUGGAUUAUAGUUUGCUGCUGGGAGUUCACAACAUCGAUCAGGCGGAGAAAGAGCAGCAGAUGGAGGGAUCUCAGGGCAACAGUGAUGAAAAGAGGCCGCUGGCACAGAAAGCGCUCUACACCACUGCCAUGGAGUCCAUACAGGGAGCGUCAGCCUAUGGAGAGGAAAUCGACACCGAGGACACAAUGGGCGGUAUUCCUGCAGUCAAUGGAAAAGGAGAGCGUCUGUUACUCUACAUUGGAAUAAUUGACAUCUUGCAGUCUUACAGGUUAAUAAAGAAAUUGGAGCAUACGUGGAAGGCUCUAGUCCAUGAUGGGGACACAGUGUCUGUUCACAGACCAUCUUUCUAUGCAGACAGGUUCUUCAGAUUUAUGAGCACUACUGUAUUCAGAAAGUCUUCCUCACUGAAAUCCUCUCCCUCAAAGAGGGGUCGUGGGGUUCUGGCUGCAGCCAAAUACAGCGGUCCCGGGGCAGCAUGGUCGGCCAGCCAGCUGCCAUUUGUAAGAGACGAAAACAUUUAUGACAUGAGAGGAACCCGUAGCUUCCCCACACUGGAAGACAAUGGUCGGGGAAAUGUACUUCCCUGCACCCCUCCCUCGUUAGAGGAGGCCACCACAGCCUCCAUCGCCACCUCGCUCUCCUCCACCACCUCCCUUUCCAUCCCAGAACGCUCCCCGUCGGACACCUCCGAACACCCGCGCUACCGGAGACACACCCAGUCCAGCCAUGAAGAAACAACGCAGGAUGAGGACCAGCAAACCAUCACAGUGGAGGUGGAAGUGGAGGGAAGAUAUGACAGUGAACCCACACUCGCGGCUCCCCAGGUAUCGCCGGAGAUCAGUGACGCUGCAGAGACGUUUCUAGAAGCCUCAUCCUCCUCCGUCCCGGCGAGCCCCAGGAUAGUGGUCGAAUCUGACAGCUGCAGUCAGGCCUCAGGCUGCACGAGCCGUGCCUCUGUGGAUGAGGAUGAUGAUGUGCCAAUUACAGACAUUUAUUUUCCUCCAGAAGACUGGGUAUAUUCUCCUCUGCACUUCAGCUCAGGGCCUAAAACCCUGCCAGAGGAUGAAGGGGGGAGUGAAACGUAAUCAGACCUCAGGAAAGAGGGGCAGCUACAAGGUUCGGACUCUUCAGACGUCCGGAAGCUCUACUGGUCGGACUUUUCCGCAACUUAAGCAUUAUUUUCAUCGUCCUUUCACCCAUUCCAUAAACAACACCAAGCAAGUAGUAAUACCAAUGUCCAGACUUACGUAUGAGUAAUAAUGCAAAUAUUUAUGUUUAAUUAUUCUUUGAUUGUUUUGUGUUUCAUUUAUUGUCUAAUUCACAAACUGUGAAAGUGUUUUCCGAUUUGAGCUCUGGGCCUCGAGACUUUUCCUUAAGAGUGGGUUGUAGGUUAUUACAAUGCGCCUUUGUUAUCAGGUAGCAUUGUUUGUUUCAGAACUGUUGAAAAAAUUAAGGUUUCGUCAUAGUCAUAGUACACAAACAUGGUUUGCUUUAUUUUUAUUGGUUCUUCAAUAAAAUAUUAAGCCAGCAAUAGUGUUCAAUGUUUCAGAGUUAUGAAUUUCCAACAAGUGGCUGUUUGAUGUGUGAAAUUAGGAAAUAACCAAAGAAAUGGUUAAUAUAUAUAUAUAUAUAUCCACAUAACCUGAUCUUAAAAUUCUUGUUUUGGCUCAUUUUAUACAUUCUGGUAAUUUAAAUUUGUUCCACAGAUUUUCCCGCCAAAAUCCAGCACAAAGUCUUCAGGGCCUGGUUAUUAAGACAUGUUAAACUGAAAGAUGGGACCAAACUUAUUAUGUGGGAGGCCAAAUAUGUAAAACUUACUUCUUACCAUAAUCGCAAUCAGAACUAUUUAAGUGAAAAAAUUAAAUUGUAAAUCCACAUGUAUGGAAUUUGUGUGUGUGUGCCUAUGCAUUGAGUGUGUUUGUGGUUAUACGUAAGCGAGUGUCUCGUUUUACAAUGGAAGUGUGCAACACUGAUUCUUAUAAUGUGCAGUGGCCAGUUGUUAUUGAUAUUGCUGUUGUAUCCAAAAUAAAGGGACUACUGCAGCAAUGCAUUUGUAAAGUGUAGCACAAGCAUAUUUUGGUUGCCUUAAUAAUUUUUUGCCAACCUAAAUCCUAUUGUAGUUAUAUACUAUUCACUGAUUCCGUCUUUCUUUCUGGUUCACCAAUAAUAGUGACUUAGAGAAUUUGUAUGCAGAUCUUUAAAUACGUACAUAUAAAAUCUAUUUUAAAUGUAAUUUGAAGUUUUCUUUUGUAUUUUGUUUUGCACAAGUGGGCUGUGAAAGGUGUCGUUUAGGUUCACACGAACCCACCCAUUCUUCCAGCGUCGAGGACGGUUUCUUGUGUUUGAGUCUUUCUUUGUAUCAUAUGUGUGUGCACUUUACAGUUGGGAUUGUAAAGUCUAUAUGGUCAAAGACAUACAACUGUAUCAAUCGCUUACUCUUCCAACAGUUCAGCUGUGUUUGCGUGUGUGUACAUGUGUAUGUGUGUGUGGUCAAAAAGCCGUGUGCCCCCCUAAAUAGAAAGAGCAUGAUGAAAUGUGAGUCUAUUGACACUGAUGUACAGCAUAGAUAGAUAUUUAUCUCUAUGAAAAGACCAUGAUCGAUGGACCGAUGUGUGCACAUUUGUUCAGAUCCUUAAAUAAAUAUAUCUCAUGG